AACCGCAUCGCGCGCCUGCCCGACGGCCUCGCCUCGCUCUCCAGCCUGGAGGAGCUGCGGCUGGACCGCAAUGACCUGCAGGAGCUGCCGCCAGCCCUGGCGGGGCUGGCGCGCCUGAGGACCCUAGCCGUGGGCUGCAACAAGCUGCGCCAGCUGCCGGCCUUCCUGCUGGCCAUGAGAGCGCUCUCCUUGCUCGAUCUCCAGGGCAACCGGGUGGACGGCUGCAAGCUGCCGGCGCCGGACGGCGACGACGAGUCGUCCCCGCUCGGCCGCGUCAACCUGCGCGGCAACCUGCUCAAGGGCAACAUCAUCCUCGGCAACUACGGGAACCUGACCCAGCUGGACGUGAGCGAGAACAGCAUCGAGAUGCUGGACCUGAGUGCGCUCGGCCGACUGGAGACGGUGCAGUGCUCCAGGAACUGCCUGCGCGAGCUGACGCUGUGUGGCCGCGCGCUGGUGUCGCUCAUCGCCGGCAACAACAAACUUCGGAAACUCACAGUGAAUCCACCUCCGGCGAACCUAAAGCACCUUGAUGUGUCUUACAACGAGCUGGAAGGCCUGCCCGAGUGGACGGCCGACUGCCCGCGCCUCGUCGCGCUGUUCGCCAGCCACAACAGGCUGCGCGCGCUCCCCUCCCGCCUGUUCUCGGGCGAGCUGGCCCGCCUGCAGACCGCGCAGCUCAGCCACAACAGGCUGGCGAGCCUGCCGCCAUUCGCGCGGCCCGUCUACCUGCACGAGCUCUUCCUGCAGGGCAACAACCUCAACACGCUGCCGGCCGGCUUCUUCGCCGCCACCGUCAGACUGCGGGUGCUGAACGUGUCCAACAACCGUCUGUGCGAGCUGCCCGCCGACACGCAGAGCAUCGCGGCCCCCCAGCUGGAGAAGGUGUACCUGACGGCCAACUGCCUGUCGGACAGCGCCAUGGACGUGCUCGGCUCCUUCCCCAACCUGCGCACCCUGCACGCCGCCUACAACUGCAUCGCGGCGCUGCCCGACAGGUGCGUGGCGGCGUGGCAGGACCUGGAGGAGCUGGUGCUGUCGGGCAACAGGCUGCAGCAGCUGCCGGAGAGCGUGGUGCAGCUGGCACACCUGCGAGUGCUCAGGGUGCACUCCAACCGCCUGGACACCAUCCCCUGCUUCGCCAGGAUGUCCUCCCUCAAGGUUCUGGAUCUGGCUCACAACAGGCUGGACAGAAUCAACUUGGCAACGCUGGUCCCCAAACAGUUGCAGUUCCUAGAUCUCUCUUGCAACUCCCGUCUUUACGUGGAUCCACGACAGUUCCAAGUCUACAGGUCCCAGCGGCCCAUGAGCCUGGUGGACGUGUCGGGGCAGAACCGCACCAGCCUGCCGUCCACGCCGUACCACGAGGAGGGCGGCGACCUCGAGCCGCCCUGGAAGAUAGGCUUCUCCGAGACUCCGGGCCUCAGAGACAAGCUGUACGUGACGCAGAUCCGCCUGCCCGCCUUCUGCAACACGGAGGGCCUGUUCGCCAUGUUCGACGGCGGCAACAACGGCGAGGUGCCCGCCGCGCUGGUGCGAGCAGUGCCGCGCAUCCUGCUGGAGGAGCGCACCGUCAAGGAGACGGCCGCCGAGUACAUGAAGUACACCAUGCUGUCCGCGCACAGGGAGCUGAAGGAGAAGGGCCAGAAGUACGGCGUGUGCGGCACGCUGUGCCACAUCUCGCGCGCGCGCCCCAGCGGGCCCGCGGCCGCGCCGCAGCCCGUCAUGACGGGGUCGGGCUUCGUGCCGGGAGGGCAGCGCUACGUGCUGCGCGUGGCGAGCGUGGGCGAGGCUCGCGCCGUGCUGCAGCGGCGCUCGGGCGCCGUCGCGCUCACCCGCCCGCCCGAGGCCUCCGCCGCCUGCGCCCAGAACAAUCUGAAUCGUAGUCAUGUUGGCUACAGCUCUGUGUUUCCCUUGGUAAUUCCUGACCCUCACAUCAGCGAGGUCAUUCUGGAAGAAAACGACGAGUUCCUCAUCAUAGGGAACAAGAGGUUCUGGGAGGUGGUGGACUCCGACGAGGCGGCGGAGGAGGUGCGCGACCAGCCCAACCCCAUCCUGGCGGCCAAGCGGCUGCAGGACCUGGCGCAGGGCUACGGCGGCGAGGACAACGUGAGCGUGCUGGUGGUGCGCUUCCGCGACCUCGGCUCCGAGGUGGAGCAGCUGAUGCGCGAGCUGCGGCACACCAUCCGGCGGUCGCGCCGCCGCGCCGCCGACCACUGCAGCCUGUGCGAGGAGGCGCGGCUCCCCUCGCAGCAGCUGCAGCUGCAGCAGCAGUUGCCGCGCCGCGACUGCCGCGACUGCAGCGGCGCGCCGGACACGGAGCGGUCCUCGCCCAGCGGCCAGAGCGACCGCGCCGCCAGCGACUGCGGCAAGGACAGGUUCUCCCCGCAGCCGGUGCUGGCGGACGGCGCUCCCCGGAAGACGUUCGCGUCGCUGGAGCGGCGCAGCCACCGCGACAGCAAGCGCGGCAGCGGCGUGGCCCGGGCGAUCCGCGCGCGCGUGGAGGAAGACGACGGCGGGGGCUCGGGCUCGGACCGCUCCGGCACGCAGCUGUCCGAGGAGCAGUUCAAGUGCUGGGAGUACAUGCUGGAGCAGAACACGCAGCUGCUGUUCGACAAGGAGCUGGACACGUUGACGCGGGGGUUCACGCGCCGGCCCGUGCUGGAGCCCUUGUGGCCCCGCGGCGGCGGCGGCAGCGUCCACAAGGGCCGAGCCCUCUCCCGCAGCAGCCCUCACCUGUCGGAGCCCUGCGUAGCCGCCGCCGCAGUCGCGCCGCCCGCCGUCUUCCUCUCCAAGCACUUCGGCAGCGCGCGCUCCUUCGCGCCCGGAGCCCGCUACCCCGCCAGCCGCCACUUCCUCAACGGCGGGCCCAACGCCGCCUACUUCGGCAGCCUGCAGAGGCUCAUGCCCUACAACCUGGAGUACAACUUCGCCGUGAUGCAGGAGAAGGCCGCCGCCUUGGACUCGCUCGAGCAGGACGGGCGCAUGCAGCAGUACUGGGAGGUGGCUACCACCGAGCUCUAGUCGGCGUGACGACCGCCCUGACCAGACCGUCAGACCAGUGCAUACUGGUAGUGUAGGCUGCCGUGUGAGUGGACGAACACACGACUCGAGCUCGCACAUCUAGCCAACAUUAAGAAAUAGAGAGACCAAAAUUUUCAGGUCACCUUUGCUGUCAACUAUGAGAACAAUUACGUGUUGUUUUAAUACUUAGUGCUCGUCACAUGGAAAAUCCAGAUUGACAGUCUCGUGUGUGUAAACUAGACUGCAAGGAAAGUGUACUUUAUAUUGUUAGAUUCGAAAUUCAUCAUUAGACAACAGUAUGAUGAGAAACUUACUUUUGGACUAAAAAGUGUAUGAUUCCAGGUGAAAAUAUGAGCCCAAGGUUUAAUCAAGAGUGUAUGUUCAUUAAAUCUUGUUUAUCAUUGUAUGAUGCGUUUUGUGUUUUUGUUGUUUUUAUUAUGUUAAAUUACAAAGCAUUUGCUUGUUCUAAAUAUGAUGUAGGAAAGGUUUUUUAAAAUCAUAUUAUGGACCCUCAUGAAACCAUGCUAUGUCUAACAUUUUUGGAAUGGGUCAAGAAGUACUGUCGAGUCAAUUCU